GCGGGCCGUAGUUUGCCCAUGUCUGCCCUAGCCCCUACUACGACGCCGCGGAACGCCGAAAAGUUCGCGUGGGCGUUUGUAUGGCCACAUUAGGACAGAGUGUCUGACCACAUUUUUAUCGUAUGUGUGAAAAGUUUUGCCUUAAAAAAAAAAAAAAACUUUGCCUUUAACCUGUCAUUAGUGGUGCUUGCGAAAAUGCCAGAACAGUCUGGAUAAUGGAUAUUAUGAGCUGAGCAGCUGGUGAGAACAGCCAUUCUGCGCGUAUUUCGCUUCAUUUUUGCAUACAAACAAACAUGUCGAUGUCGGCAGAUUCGUCAAAUUUAAUAAACAAAGAUGAAAUACUGAUUUCUCUAGUAAAAUCACACCCGAUGUUAUUUGAUCAUAGCCAUGUUGGGUAUCGUCAAAAGGAGCUGCGAGAAUCUAUAUGGCAGGAUAUCGCUAAUACGCUGCAAUGUCGCCCGAAAGAAGCUACCGACAGAUGGAGAUCGCUGCGGGAUAAAUACUGCAGAACAUGGAGGAGGUCGUUGACAAACCCUGGCAUUGAACAGGAUUGGUAUCUCUUCAACGCUAUGAAUUUUAUACAGCCUCACUUACGACCAAAAUUACAUCACUCAGCUUCGUCAGGUGCAGUUAUUCAGUCUCAAGACACUCAAGAAAUUGCAGAAAAUGAUCUGAAAUUGCCAGUUCCACAGAUCAUUAGGCAUAGAAAUGGUGGAUUUGCAAUGACAACAAAUGGAAGUGUAUAUUUAUCUGAUUCUUCAGAAUGUUCUGAAGUUAUGCCACCAUUGCCAAAACGUCCUAGAAAACACGUUUUUCCGUACAAAAUGACGAAGAAUAGUAACACAGAAAAUCUUGCUUGUAUACCUGAGAUACUGAGACUAUUGGAGGAAAAGAAGUCGGCGCCAACAUCUGCUGCCUCAGAUUCAUCAACAUGCCCUCAAGAUGAAGAUGAUUUAUUCAUGUCAAGUAUGACUACAGCCUUAAAACGAAUGGAACCAAAACAAAAAUUUGAGAUAAAAAUGGGUAUAAUGAAAUUGAUGUAUAAGACUGAACUUGAACAUGAUGAAUCUCCAGGAACUUCUAAUAUUGUAAUACCAUCAAAAUGAUGGUUUUACACUGCAUGCAAAUUCAGAAUUUAAAGACUCGAUAGUACAGUAGGAUACUCACCACCUCGCAAGUUUCAAUAUGGUCUAUAUGCAAAUGUAAGGAGCAUCAUUUUUCACAUUCCUCAAAACGAUAAUAGAAAAAAAACCUAGGUUAAGCUCAAUGAACAUUAUCGAAUUCAUUUUACUUCAUCAUUGUUGUUUAUUUGCAUCCACUUCAGUAAUAAUGUAUAAUUAUGUAAAAAGUAAGGAAAAAAGAGUGGAAUUAGUAUAACAAUCAUGUCAGUUGUUUUUUAUUUUAUAAUAUAUUAUCAUUUUAAUUAUUUUUUUAAUUAUUAUACUAUCCAUUUCUACCAUUAUUGUGAGAUUUAGUAACUAUAUGGUGGUUUUUGACUCAGGAAUUAACUUGUAUAAGAAGCUGUUUAAUAAAUUUUCCACAUAACAUAUCUUGGGGUAGUAAAUGGGUUAAUUCAUUUCAUAUAGAAAUGUUAUAGAAGGACCAUAUCUUAAUUUUGAUGGAAAUCAUCAACUACAAGUAAGGAUUAAAUGUUUUCUAAUAAAAAUGAACUGAUUUUUAUGAGGAUGUACAGGGUGACUCCAAGAAAACAAAAAUUUCUUAAUUGCUUUCAUAAAAAUGAAAAAAAAUUCUUUACUGCUUGAACUUAUGUUCGUGUUUGCCCAUACCCAAAAGUCUCAGUAAUCGAGGAUGCUUUGCACAAAAGUUAUGUUUCCGCUGGAAUAUGUUCCCAAUGCUUGUCACUCUGUAGAGAAAUAUGUAUAUUGGAUUGUCACCCGCUGAUUGAGGUAACACUUCUUUCCCGAAUGGGUCUUACGAUCACCGCAUAAAUAUUUCUAUGUCAAUUUUUUUUUUCAAGUAUUAUUAUGAAUAAAUGAGGUGGUGGGGUCAUUUUGUAGACAAGUGCAAUAAAAAGAACCUAUUAAAAUAAUUAAUUGAUAUAUUAUCCUGACACUUCAGUUAUUUAUAUUCCCUUACAACAUAUUUAUAACACGGUAUGCAAUAUUUUUCUGUGAUAAAGAAAGAUUCAAAAUGUAUUUUCAUUUUAUUUGUCUUAUUUAAAUGCAUAUCUCUGAAAACAUGAAUAAGAUUUAUGACUACAAUAUUUGAGUCUAUUCAGUAAGUGCAGGCAAAACUCAAUUAGUUUCAUUGAUUUUAUUUUUUUAUAUAUCAUGAUACUGAUGAUUUAUGUUAUAUUUACUUUGUCAAGACAGAGAUGAUAUGUGAUAUCAUUUUUUUUAUUUUUUAAGA